AUGACUAAUAUAAUGAAACAAAACUCUUCUAAAAGUGGUAAAAAACAAGACCCUUAUGGAUUAGCUGCUAAAUCAAGCCAAAGAGUCCCAAAAGUCCCAAAUUACGGCAAUUACCACUACGUUACUGAAUAUUAUGAUGACAUAAAGAAUGAGCGCAAAGUAAACCGAAAUAAUCAAGAAGUUUGCAUGCAAGUACCACUCAAGGACAUUGAUAUUCGCGAAAAAUUGGCAAAUGGUAAUUUUGGUACCGUAUAUCGAGGCCUAUGGAAUGGCAAAACAGAAGUGGCAAUCAAAAAAUUGGACAAGGCAGAUGUUAAGUCGAUUAAUGAUUUUAAUCAAGAAGCAUCCAUCAUGAAAACUGUAUCACAUAAUCAUCUAUUGUCAUUGUUGGGAACUUGUCAAACCGAUGAGGAGUUGUACAUAAUCACCGAGUACAUGAAAAAUGGCUCGUUGCUUGGUUACUUGCGCAAAAAGGGUGAACUGUUGAACAAAACCGAUUUGUACGAGUUUGCAGAACAGAUUGCUGGUGGCAUGGUCUAUUUGGAAGAACAAAAGUACAUCCACCGUGAUUUGGCAGCCCGCAAUGUCUUAGUGGACAAUUUGUUCCGUGCCAAAAUCUGCGACUUUGGUCUCACCCGAGCAAUUCAGGACGAGAUUUACGAAUCUAGAAGUCGCGUCUGUGCCUUGAAAUGGACAGCUCCCGAGGCGCUGGAAUUCCAAAAGUAUACCCACAAAUCGGAUGUUUGGAGUUAUGGGAUUGUACUCCAUGAGAUAUUCUCUUUGGGCAAAAUACCAAAUCCUGGAAUUAAUGGAUUGGACAUACUUGAUCAUCUGAGGAAUGGACAUCGGAUGACAAAGCCGGAUUUGGCCAGUGUGGAGAUCUACGAGUUUAUGAUGAAGUGUUGGGAUUGGGAUGUUCGCAAGAGGCCAGAGUUUAGCCAAAUUCAUCAGUUCAUGAAGUAG